CACUACACUAUUCAAUCUUCAGCAUUGGCUUCUUUAUUUUAUUUACUUUUCAACAAAAUUUAUUUAAUAAUUUUAUAAUCUUGAAAACAAACAGAAAACAAACAAACAAUGGGUGGUUGCAAAUGUACAUUCCGAACAUGCAAAGUUUCCACUCGAAAGUUCCCUCAGAUGUCUUUCUUUCAUUACCCGAUAACGAAGAAAGAACGUCUCGAAAAAUGGACUCAAUACGCCAACUACACAAUGCUCAAUUCAUUGGCAACUAGUCAAGCCCGAAAUCGAUCAGUCUGUGGACUUCACUUCAAGGAUGAGUGUUUCAUGAACUACAAAAAGAACAGAUUAACUCCCACAGCUAUUCCCACGCUGGAUCGGCUUAAAAGUAGCAAAGUAUUGGACUACUCUUUGGAUCCUAAUCCAAAGCCAACAUCAAUCCCGCCCACAAAAGAUGAACAUUUGAUUCCUCCACCUGGUGCCUUCGUAUGGGGUCAGCAUCCAGAAUACUGGAAUACAUACUCAACCGUCUCUCUUAAAAACCACAUCAAGACAAAUCUGCCCAGAGACAUAGAUUCCAGCCCGGAACCCAAAGCGAAGAAAAUAAAAAUUAUUGACGCCCCCGAAACUCCGAGAAUUCUCAACAAGGGACUUCGUUUGAUCCAGAAUGUCCCUUUGGAUGACAACUUUGAAUUCAACGAAACCACUAUCUCGUUGGGAGAGGAUGUGUUUCAAGAAAUUGACGACGACGAAGAUAAUCCUAGUGUGGUGGAAGCCUGCAAUAUUGAGUUACCUCCAGCAAGCCAUGAAAUUAAUCACUCAAACGCACAGAUCUCCAAUGGUGAUAAUAUCUUAAGCAUUGAAGAUGUUGAGUACCUGACCGUGGACAGGAUUGAUUCCAUUGAAGAGACCGUCAGCAAAUCCACUCUAGACGCUACAUGCACGGCAUACGAAAGCGAAAUCGAUUUCCUCAAAAAAGAAAACCUAGCUCGAGAGAAAGAAGCCGAGAAAGAGAUUGCCGAGCUUAAGGAAGCCCUGGAACAGACCAAAGAUAAAUUGAAGCUAUCAGAAGAGAUUGCGAUUGAUUUGAAUAAGAAAACAUGCGAGUUUGAAAUGCAAAUCGCCGAAUUGGAAAUAAAAAAUGAAGAACUUCUCACAGAAAAAGCCUCACAGGCACUUCUCCCUGCGGUAAUAAUCACUCCCAAACCUAGUGUCCCAUCAUCCACUGUUCUCUCAAAGCCACAGCUGUUCAAUGGGAUAAAGAAGUAUCUGAGUGCGUCAAUGACUGCGUUAGUGCGAAUGGAGAUGUUUGGCAAUUCGGAGCGUCAAUGGAAGCCCGACGAGAAACAAGUUUCUGUUGAGCUGUUGAAAUUGGGCGAAGAUGUAUACAAGUAUUUCAGAGACGAGUGGCGGUUUCGACUGCCUCCGAAGAAAAUGGUGGAACAGUGGUCGAACGAGGUGACUGAGGAAGACUGCGAUGAUUUGUAAUGAUGUUUUUUUUUAAGAAUUUGUUAGUUUUUAAGUUUGUAUUUAAAUAAACAAAUUAUUUUGUUGAAAUGGAAGUGAAAAUGAUGGAAUAUGAAACUAAAACGUUUGGUUCAGUUGGAUCCAAAUAUCAAAUAAAACUUAGCUUAGUCGUAAGCGUAACUCA